UACACUCCCACAAUCGAUACUGGUCCUUUCUGACAGAACCGUAGAGCGUUAAAUAUACAAGAAAGGGGGGGGUCUACGCUAACCACGCACCUUACCAGCAACGUUGACAUCCAGACAGGUUGAAGAAGUGUAUUCAUUUCUGUAUAUAGCAAAAGAAAGUGCAGAUGUCGCGAACAUUUAAGAGAUUAGACCGUAACGUUAUGGGAAUGUGCUUACCCUGCCUGGGUGGAGCCGCUGAUGACGUUGUUGUGACGCCGGAUCCCGACACAAAAAGAAAGCAACUCGCGGAGGCAGCUGAGAAGAGGCAAAAGGAGACAACCCACCGAGGAAUCAAAAACCCAGAGGCAGUGGAGAGGAAGAGGAAAAAACAGGAGGAGAUUGAAAAGCAGGCCAUGACAACCACACCCACAGGGGGUGGGGGGCUGAGGUGGCAAAUGGGCUAAAGCUGAAGAGUGGAAAAAAACGGUAGUCGGUGUUUUUCUCUUUUGGGGUCAAUCAACCUGGACAGAGUUACCAAUUGACUUGAGGAAGCUCUUUCAUUUGUUGUUCAAGCUAUCGGGAGUCCUUUGUGUAGGAUCUAGGCAGAGAUGCGCCAGGCUUUUGCGCUGCAAGAUUGACCCAGCCCAGCUUUCUGAUUCGUCAGAGCGCUUUAUAAGACACGCCCACCAGACAAUGCCAACUAUAAAACGCUAAUGGUUUAAUGCAGCAGCAGGAGCAAACGUGCAGAACAUUCACAUACACUACAGAACUCAUCGGAAUGGACGCCAUUUUCCCCACCGUGAACAGACGUUUGAGAUAUGUGCUUUUACACAUAGCCAUGUACUGUGCUGUACCAGACAUUAUUUUGAAAGUUGUAUCAUCACCCUUUUUUUUUUUUUUCCUUUUUUUUUUCCAGUAAUGCAACCGUACAAAUAAAACCAUUAUACCGUGGUCUGGGUGAAUACACAAUUUUGACUGGCUGGAAUGUGUGUGUUAAAACCACGAGAACGGCGGGUGUGGUCAUUUGACUACUUUUUUGCAUUUUUAACCUUGAUAUCUCCCGGAAGUCGAACCACGACCUCCUUUCAUUACUUUUCCUAAAUAUGUCAUAUAUAUAUAUAUAUAUAUAUAUCUGUCCAUAUUUUAUCAUUCAGAAAUUACUCUCUGGAAAUUAAAUAUCAGAUGUUUACCAAGAACAGCAGGGUAAAGGGGCUGAAGUGAAGCUCCUACCCACUGCCCCUCUCCCCUUCAGGCCACGGCACGCAGAUUAGGAGGGAGCCCCAAAAGGGAGCCCCAAAAUUUUAGCUUCAUCCCAGUGAGAGGACGACUAUCGCUAGUCAUUACGAUAGACAGUCUAUCAUAGCUUUCUCCAUUCCUUCGAUGACCGACUCGCAGAAUUACAAACAAGUUGUCAAUACUUCCAAGGGAAGUUUUCAUGUGCUUUUCCCUGAAAAUCUCUACUCUGGUGUUCAUUCAGGGAAACGUGUAGGCUAUGUUUGCCUGGCUUGCUGGCAAUUCACAGAAGUGCUCUGAGAAUCAUUAAUCUUCAUUUGGAGCCUGAGCUGUCCGAUUUACACCUCUAAUUUCCAAUUUGCGAAACUAAAAUAACCUGUGUGUAAAUGUGCGCGUAAUAUGGGUAAUGUUUAAUCACCACAAUCAAUCUUUCAAUUGAAUAGCUCCGCUACAAUACAAUGUUUUCCAUUGUUUUCAGAUAAUUCUAUACGUAGCUGUGUGCUAAGUGCUUAGGCCUAGUUUGUUUUCUAUAUGUGCAAAGUUUCAUCUUUUUUUCAUUUUAUAUGAUUGGCUUUCACAUUGAGAUUGAAACAUCCUUCUCUCCCAGCAGCAUAAUACUCUCCUAUAGAGAGAAUAUAGCCAUACCAGAGGUGACUGGUAGGCAUAGACUCACACACCAGUACUCACCUCCAACCUCUAUAAUUACAAAAAAAAGACAAUAUUAAAAUAAAAAGUUUUUGUAUAUAGUUAACAAUCUUAACAUUGGAGGCUUAAUGAACUGUAUAGGGUUCGUAUAACAAUAAAAAACAGUGUCCCAAAUAGCCUACUGGACACCUGAUUUUGGUAGUUUGUUAUUAAAAUGCUUCCACACAAAAAAAAAAAGACUUAAAAUUCACGGCGUCAUCUCCCCUUCAGACAUUUCAUAAGUUUCAGUGUUGUGUGCAUGGAUUUGUUUCUUGGACAAAGUGAAAAGAAAAAAAUUUCCCAAGAUGGGGAGAGGCUUUCGAGGGCAGAUAUGAAGGAUAUUGUAAUAUACACACAGAGAUGAAUACACUUCAACUCAGCUUCUCUUUAUAGGGAAGCAACACGAAAGAUAACAGAAAGAGAAAGCCUGCAACUGAAGCAGCGGACCCUCUCUUUUAACCAAAGGGAUUUAAAAAUGGUGUUAAAUAAAAGCAUUGAAAAUAAUUGUUCUCAUUCUGAACACAUUAACAGCUUUUACAAGAACAGCUUAACCACACCAGUGAAUACACAAUGACGAGACCCAACAAGACCCAUUUCCUCAAAUGAGGAAGUUAAUCAUUUAAUUAUGUUACAAUAACACAAACUGUGCCACUAUCAAUAGGCUACAUUACGACCUCCAAUCGCUUUUAAAAGUUUGUGUCAGUUUGUAUGCCAUCUAGCCAAAGAAAUACACUGGUUCACGCUUCCAAAUCCAAACUUACCCAGUUUAGAGGGGAGCAGCAUUAAAACAGAGUUGCAGGCUUUGCACACAGUUGCAUUUUAUCAGGUUCUAAAAUAAAAUGAACUGACCUGCUGAUUGCCCUUUAUCCUUGUCAGAAAAACAUUGUUAUGAAACAAAAAAUGCUCACGAGUUGUGGAAAAUGAAUGUUUUAUAUCCUAAGCUAGCCUACAUGUAGCUACAACAACACCCCCAAAAAAACAAACAAAAAAAAAACCAUUUCAGAUGGCUAGACUAAACAAAAUAAAAAGUAUUUAAACAUGAAAUAAAUAAAUGACUUGCCAUACUUGCACGUCUGUGAUGGAGGCUCCAGGCUGCUGCUACACGAGCAGGCCACACCCACUGUAAGCCAACGACAGGCCGUCUCCACUGCCACAAAGGCUCUCAGGGCUAGUCUGUCUGUGGCCCUGGGGCACAGAAAAAGAAUCCAAUCAGCAUGGCAAAAAUAUGUUACUUAUAAGAGAAAACACGCCCCUCAAAUUAAACCCCAAUGUGGAACACCCAUGGCUGGAAGCAAGAGGCGUGCACUGCUAAAACUGACAGAUAUGAGAGAGAAAAAAGUAAGAAACUGACUUUAAAUAUUGUGUAUUUAGUGUACACAAGUACACAAUUUAGCAGACCAAAAAGCCAAUAUUAGAUAUUACAAUAUAAUUUAGUAAAAUAUGUUUUUUUUUGUUUUUUUUCCUGACUGACAGAUCGGGGGUAGGGUGGUGUACGAUGUGCCCCUGAGCCACACUAAAGUUUAUACAUUAAUUUCUACUUUUUUAUAGAUUGAUUCAAACAAUCACCUUUUUAAAAAAAAAAUAUAUAUAUCUUUUUUUGAAACAAAACCAAACUGAAAUUCUGAAACAUGAUCUUUUCUAUUAUAAUCAUUUACCGAGUGGACUAUUAUAAUGAUAAAUGCAGGAUUGUGUUCAUAUUUUAAAUGUAACAAAAUUAAGCUUGGUUGUUUGUAUAUCAUUCUCAGGUCUCACAGAGCAUUUAUUGUGUUACUUAGGGGAAGGACUCUCAAGCGAAGGAACUUCAUGAAAUCAGAAUCUGUGCUUAUGUUUGAAAUCUUUCGCUUCUUUAUGGUGAUCUCACAGCCUUGAUAUGACAUUGCCACUUGCAUUGUUUCCUCUUAAAUCUUGUUGCCAUUGCUUGGCAUAGUUGUUGGAGCAUUUACUUUCUAUCUCUUGAUGUUGACGUGUUUAUGAUUGUACACUAAUGAAGUGUUUAUACUGAGCUGUUGUGAAAAGGCUUGCUGUUUGGCAAGAGCUGAAAUUAGCAUUUAUGGCUAAAUUUAUAUAAAAUCUGCUGUCCGCAGCAUGGAGAUUAGUACAUUGUUAUGAUGAAGUUUUAGUGUAUAAUAAUAUAUAGUGUAUUUAUUAUUUACAGGAUUUCAAAACAGCCUGUGUUUACAGGAAUAGCCACCCCCCUCCCUUCUUAUCUGGUGAUUCAAAUGAACAUGCAACUUAGACGGUGGGGAGGUGCCUUUGUGUUUUGUCGAUGUGUUGUUAGUAUAAUGGUGGCAUACGAAUAAACCUUUGUUUGUUAUGUUG